CACCCCGUCAUCUUCGUUCCCAUGGCGCUGUAACGACAUUAGCUACAACGGUGUACGAGAACCAUCAUCAUCAUCAUCAUCAUCACCUGGUAACCGCUCGGCGACAUCGUUGACAUCGCCGGUCACCUCCAACGGAAGCCGACAGCAAACAUUCCACCGACGAUCCAACCAUAACCGUCUACUAUCUUGACCACCACCGCCACCACCUCGGGUUCCAGUCCCGUACGGUAAACGGUCCAAAACAUAAAACAGAAGCCUACAGACCGGGAACGGCAAGCCUUCCGCGUGUGGAUCUUCGCUGAAAGCGACGCGAACAUCAAUCAUCCGAUAAUUAAUUGACACAGUUUUAACUUUAAUUUAUGGUCCACCUUUGAACACCCCUGUGGACGACGACGGGUGGCGGCAACGGCUGUGGCGCGUGAAUCGAGAGACCAACAUAUCACUACUUGAGUCUUGAGCACACACCACACUCACAACGAACAACCGAGAAGAAGAAAAUGCUAAAGGAUCUCAUUGCGGCCGAAACGGUGACACCUGAAAAAUGUGCCGGAUGUGGGAUAUCCAUAAGAGAUCGGUACUACCUGUUGGUAGCUGACCGGGCGUGGCAUAACCAAUGCCUGCGCUGUUGCAAGUGCCUCGCCAACCUGGAAACGGAACUGAGCUGUUACGCCCGUGAAGGCAACAUCUACUGCAAGGAUGAUUACUACAGACAAUUUUCCUCCCGCCGAUGCGCUCGUUGUGGCUCAGGAAUCAGUGCUUCGGAGCUGGUGAUGCGGGCCAAGGACCUAAUAUUCCACGUCAACUGCUUCUCCUGUGCAAUAUGCGGCCAAGUGCUGCGAGGUGGUGACACCGCUGGAAUACGCGACGGUCGCAUCUUCUGCGGCGAACACUACGACACCGAUGUGCUCAGUGAACCAGAAACAAUUUCAUCACAGUUUUAUCCCGGUGGACAUCAGCCGUUGCAACCGCAACAACAACAACAGCAGCAAUCUCAAAAAGGACGACCUCGAAAGCGAAAACCAACAUCGCAGCUGCUAGAUCCUCAACAACAGCAACAGAAUCAACCUCCCCCAACGCAUGAGCCACUGGAUGCCGGUACGCCACUGCGAUUAGACCUACUGCACAAGGAAAUGAGCGUAAGCAGCCUGGAUCUCUCCUCGUACGAUGGAAGUCAAUCGCCUGGAUCCGGUGGAACUCUUACACCAAACUGCCGAACCAAACGGAUGCGUACGUCGUUCAAGCACCACCAGCUCCGGACGAUGAAAUCCUACUUCGCUAUCAACCAAAACCCUGACGCCAAGGAUCUGAAGCAACUGGCCCAGAAGACGGGCCUUUCCAAGAGGGUACUUCAAGUCUGGUUCCAGAACGCCCGCGCCAAGUGGCGUCGAAACGUGAUGCGCCAGGAUGGCGGUCUCAUGAAUCCGGGUCAACCACUGGGCGGCCUUCCAUCGAUUACGACCGCCAGCCUGCAUCAUCAUCACCAUCACCUCACCAGUGCCAAUCCGAGCAAUAACAACAGCAGCGACGGAGACAUGUCCUCCAGCCAAGCUUUGGAAGAGAUGCACAAUAUGACCUUUGCCGAGCUGUACUGACACAAUCUGAUGAUCAAGAAUAUGAUUUUGUCGAAUGUGAUCAAACUGUCGCAAAAUCAAGCUCCACCUCAACCACAACCACCAUCAUCGGAGCAGCAGCAACAGGAUCAUCAACCUUCUCUGAUGAUUCCAAUGCAGGCAGAACCGAAUCUAGAUCCGAACGCCAACCCAACCGAUUCCGGUAUCAGUGAUAAUUGCAGUGGAAAACUGACGCCCAGUUGGAGCAAUAUCUACACCGAAACUAAUCAUUAGGGAGUUGUAUAAUAAAACCAAGCAAGAUGCAGAAAAUGAGAGUAGAAAAAAAACAGGCUAGGGGUGUGCAAUAGAAUUAACAGGUGAUUAACAUCGACGCUAAUUACAUGCUAGUUUUCACGUCUAGUUAACGACAAGUGUGUAUCGGAGACACAAAUCAGGACGUAGUGAGCGACAAAAUGUCUGCUAGUCACGCGAGAUCCGUUACAAUGUAGUUCACACAGUCACGGUUUAGCGGUACGUACCGAGUAUGUAGGAUACCUUUGGCAGGGUGCAGUUCAAAUGGAAUGCAUCAGCAAAUGUAGAGUAGUUUGA